AUGUCCGAUAAAAUCCAGGUCAGCGCCCGAGUCCGUAGAAGGACCCAGGCAGAGGUGACUGCUCAGCUGCCCAUUGUUGUGACUGUGCCAGACGACUUCUGCUCCACAGAGGAGCCCUAUGUUAGUGUCAACAACACGUCCUUGAACGACAAUACAGGUAAAGUGUUCACUCUAGACCAGGUCUACGGAGCCAAUGCUGAUCAGGAGCUCAUAUACAGAAACAUAGCUCGGCCAUUGCUUCAAGAUUUCAUGGCAGGAAUGAAUGUGACCAUACUAGCAUACGGCCUGACAGGAUCUGGAAAAACAUACACUAUGUUGGGAGAGCUAGUCGGGGAGCACGCAGGCAUUGUACCUCGAGUCCUACAAGAGAUAUUUCAAGUUGCCAAAGACGACAUCUGUGUCAAACUCUCGUGUGUGGAGUUGUACAAGGAAGAGCUUCAUGAUCUCAUCAAUGACGAGCUUGAGUUGAAUGCAAAGAAGCCAAAGCUCAGGCUACUAGGUGACAGCUCAAGAGAUGGUCGAGGAACCAUGAUCCAAAACUUGUUCGAAUUGGACGUUCUGGAUGCUCGUCUGGGCUUCGAGAUGCUUCAAAAGUGUUUGGGCAAGCGUAAGAUGGGCUCCACCAAACUCAAUUCCCGGUCAUCUCGUUCCCACACUAUAUUCACAAUCACCUUGCUCAAGACAGUCAUGUCACCUUCCGGUCAGGAAGUCGUCAGGCUGUCCAAAAUGAACUUGGUAGAUCUCGCGGGGUCGGAAGAUAUCAUCAAGUCUGGCGCUACAGACACAGGCGCCAAAGAAGCAGGCCUGAUCAACCAGAGUCUUCUUACUCUAGGCAAAGUCAUCAGUGCGUUGAGCGAGGGCAGGGAACCUAGACAUAUACCAUAUAGAGAGUCCAAGCUCACACGCCUUCUACAGGGCUCAAUUGGAGGAAAGACUAAAACGGCCUUGAUCGCAACCAUUUCGCCGGCAAAGCUGAAUGUCAUGGAGACCAUGCUGACCCUCAAUUACGCCUCAAAAGCUAAAAACAUCAAAAAUAUUCCACAGUCUACCGCAGAUAGUGAACUCGUGCUCAAACGCACCAAGAUUCGUGACAUGUCCGCAGAAAUAUCCCGCCUUAAUAGAGACCUUUUGGCCACCAAGGGAAAGGACAACAGUAUCAAGAUAAGUGUACAAAACUAUGAGGAUUUUGAAAGGCGCAUCGCAGAAUUAAGGACUGAGUUGAAAGAAAAAGACACCCAAAUCUCGGGAUUGAACGCCAAAGUAUUGGCCAGAGACAGUGAAAUCGAGGAGCUCAAGCUGCUCAAUGACAAUAUACUCAACGAGAGCUCGCAAAGCAGGCUGGACCUUGCGGCGAAAAUCGCAGAGCUUCAGAAGACUACGAGAGACUUUAUGGUUCUCAAGGACAAGUAUAGCUCUCAAAAGGAGCGAGUAUCAACUGUGACUGGCACAGGUGUCCUGAGCAUAAUAAGGGACGUUAACGAAAUGAUUGCAAACUUGAAGGACAUGAUGCAAGUUCUGCUGAAUGUCAAGGAAAUACCUACGGUGGUUCAGACGCAUCUUGGUCUCUUCAAAAAGACUCUUGAAUCGAGACUAAAAGAAGUCUCGACCAAGGUAGAGAAGGAAACCUCAACGUUCGAGCUGGCUCUUGCAAAGAUGGACUUUUCUCUACUUCACAAGGUCACUCAAGAGAUGAAUGUCUCGCUUCAAAUCGAAGAGAUUCGAUCGAAGAACGAAAGCUUUGCAGAGUACAUCGACAAAACCCAUUUACUGGAGGAGUCUUCUCUUUACAAAAACUUCGACAGAUGCUACAAAGCCCGCAUGGCGGAGAACUACAAGGCCCUUAAGGAAACAUACAUGCAGCAGAUGAGUCGAAUGCUCGAUGGUUUCGUCCAGUCAAGCGCUGAGGCCAACAACGAGGCCAUGAAGGAAGGCACACUUGAUCUCAUGAAGUCAGAGAGAAUGCAAUUGAGUAAGGAGCACAAGGCCCACGUUCAGCAGAGCUCGCAAAGUUUGGAGACCAUUCAAACCAGAACCAACAACGCCACCUCGUCACUCAACUCCUUCAAGGACGUCGCCACGAAGGAGGUACAGGGUGCGUUCUCACGAAUGCAGCAGGAAACAAAGCAUGUGGUUGAUAAUGUUUUGGGAGACAUCACAAACAUGAGCAAAGGACAUGCUGACGCCAUCGAGAAAGCAACUACGCAAAAGACCCAGGCGGUCUCGGGGACUAUCGAUAAAAAUUAUCUGGACUUGUCAAGAGACCUUAGCCAUACGGAGAAAAACCUCAAAGUUUUCUAUCUGUCGUUGGCUGACCUUCAAAGAUCACCCACCCAGUGGAAACGCCCUGCCUCUACUCCGGCUUCCCGGUCUCCCCUGCGACUGCCUGUCAGACUGCCGAUGCGUAUUCUAAACGGUCAGACCAUGAUUCCAGAUGCUGCUAAACGAAGACGCACAGACCUCUCUCCUUUGCGAAGCGACCAAUCUCUUCACAAAUCACGAAUCCCCCAACUUUAG